AUGGCGGCGGGAGUGGUGCGCCGCCGCCUCGCCCUCGCCGGCGCCGGCGCCCCUCCUCCUUCUCCUCCUCCCAUCUACCGCCAGACCGCCGCAGCCAUCCCCAUACCCGAGGUGAAGGAGGACGGUGCUUUCCUCCCCUGGCUGCGGAGCAAGGCCGGGUCCGCCGUCUCCUCGGCGCUGCGCAUCGGGACCUCGCCGCUGGGAAGGUCCUUGUUCGCUUCGCAGCCGAUCCAGGAGGGGGACUGCAUACUGCAACUGCCUCACACCGCUCAGCUUACUCAAGACAAACUUCCGCAGGAGGUCCGCCUGCUGCUCGACGAUGUUGAUGAUGCUGUUGCCAGGGACGCGGCGGCCAAGGUAGCCGUGCUCCUCAUGAUGGAGCAGCGCCUGGGACAUGAAUCGGGGUGGGCGCCUUAUGUUACAUCCCUUCCGGCCAAGGGUCAGAUGCACAACAUGGCUCUUGAACGUUUUCCACAUUUCUUUGGAGAAAUCAAACUGGAGGACUUCAUGCAUGCUUCUGCAUUGGAUUUCCUUAACCAUGAUGGUGCUUCUGGUUCUAUAUUAGUGUAUGACGAAGAGAAAGAUGUUUCAGAGGUCAUUGCCAACAGGAAUUAUGCUGUUGGUGAACAGGUCAUGAUAAGAUAUGGGAAAUACUCGAAUGCCACACUAGCACUUAACUUUGGGUUUACACUUUCCAGAAACAUAUAUGACCAGGCACAUGUUUGGAUAGAUAUGUCAGAGCAAGAUCCACUUUAUGAAAAGAAGCUUGACAUAUGGCAAAAGCACCACCGUACUCCGAAAUCUCAACACAUGUGCAGCUCUGGCUGUACUAGAACUUCUUUUGCCAUUAAUGACACAACGAUGAUGGCCUCUUUAGAAUUGGAAGAGAUGGCCAUGGAGGCUGCUGAAAAUGACGGCCGGCUUGCGAGGCGUCCUCUGAAGCAUGCGGAGAGAGAAGUCCAUGCUCACCGCAAGUUGCUUAUGCACCUUGAAAGCAUGAUUCAGGGUCAUUCUACAGCUAUUGAGCAACUUGAAACCAUUGAUGGCGCUGCAUCUAGGAGCAUGCAUCCGUUGAGAAAAGAGAUGGCUAAAAAUUUACUUGCCGGCGAGGUACAGGUUUUGCAGAGUGCUUAUGCAUGGGUUGCAAACUACUAUAUGGAGCACCUGGUCAAGUGCAUGCUCUUACUCCUUGGAGAGGAAGCCGAUUCCUUUUCAAAGCGAGCAGAGAUGUACUACAAGAGGCGGCCUGAGGUGAUCACUCAGGUGGAAGAAGUGUACCGGAUGUACAGGGGUCUCGCCGACCGGUAUGACAUCAUGUCAGGGGAGCUGCACAAGGCAAACCACACCAUCGCUACCGCCUUCCCUGACCAGGUUCAGUAUGCGAUGCUAGAAGAGGAGGAUGACAACGUCCCAAAGGCGUUCACCCCGGUCGAUCCGCGCAAGAUCCACAAGUCGACCGUCGAUGGGCUGCUGAAGAAGAAGAAAGGAAAUGCGCCAGGAGCCGGCGGAGACAAGAAGGAAGCAGCUCCGAUGAGCAAGGAGAAUGCACGAGAAGAGAUCAGCAGGCUACAGAAAGCUAUACUUGUGAUGCAGACCGAGAAAGAGUUCAUCAAGAACUCGUACGAGAGUGGCAUUGCCAAGUACUGGGAUCUUGAGAAGGAAAUCAAUGAGAUGCAGACAAAAGUUUGCCACUUCCAAGACAAGUUCGACGUAAGCGCGGUGAUCGAGGACGAUGAAGCCAGAGCCUUGAUGACAGCGACGGCCCUCAAAUCCUGUGAAGACACCAUUGUCAGAUUGCAAGAACAGCGCAAGACCGCUGCGAAGCAGGCAUUGGACGAGUCUGAGCGAGUCAAAGUGCUGAGAGAGAAGCUCAAGCCCAUACUGGACGAACAUGGCAAGUCUCUGCCGGACCUGGUGGAGAAAAACAUACGGAAGAAUCAUGUCACGGAGAUGGGAGACGUGUACCAUGUGAAGCUGGGUGAGCUGCAGAUGCAAACAAUAGUCGGCAAGAUCAAGGAAAACUUUGCGAGCGACUGCAACAUCACCAUGGACGAGAUCACGGAGCAGAUCGACGAGCUUGUCAACAAAGUUGUCGAUUUGGAGCUCAUGGUUUCGUCGCAGACCUCGCAGAUCGACAGAAUGCGCCGCGAAAAUGAGGAGCUGGAGAAUUCCGUCAAGAGCCUGGAGGAAGAGGGAGGCUCGAGCGAAGUGGAGGAGAAGCUGAAGCAGGUGGAAGAGGAGCUGGUCAGAGUGCAGGCUCUCGAGAGCUCCUUCCAUAAAGAUGAGAGCACGAUACGCUCAAACUUCACGGAAACGAUAAGCAGAUUCAGUAAUUUCGCCGACAUGUUGCAGUCGCCGGUUUGUGACUACCAGGCUCCUGCUUCUGCUGCUCACACGUCGGCACCACCCGGCGAGGAAGCACCGCCUCCUACAGAGCCAUCCAGCACGAGUCAUCCACCUCCACCUGAGGAAGAAGAAGACAAACAACAGGUAGAAGAAGAGAAGGCCACCGUCGUGCAGACUCCCCAACCCCAACAAAUUUCACGGCCGGGUUCGCUGGCACGGCUUCGCCACAUCUCUUCUGACGCUGAAGAAUCUGAGGAGCAAAAGGGGAAGGGCGAGAAGGGCUGUCUUGACGGUGACAUGAAGAAACUGCAAGAGCGGCUCAUGGAUGGCCUGGAAGACAAGGAGAAGGUCCUGCUAUCCGAGUACACCUCGCUCCUGGAGGACUACAAGGACACCAAAAGGAAGCUGCUGGAUGUGGAGAAGAAGAACCAGGAGUGCCUCAAUGAGAUCAGGUCGCUGCGCAAUCUUAUCGGAGAGAAGGAGAAGGAGAAGGAGAGGGAGAGGGGCAGCAUCAGAGGAGGACACAGGAGGACACCCAGCCUUAGCCAUCAGAGGAAGCAGAGCCUUUCUUCCAUCUCUAAGCUCAUCAGGAUGGGCUCAAGCAUGCAAGACGACCCUCCUGCUGCUGACCUUGACGACAUGAGGCUGCCGGCGAUCGCCGAGGUGGAGAAACCGUCGCCACUGGAGGAGAAGUUCAGGCGCGACAUUGACACGCUGCUGGAGGAGAACCUCGAGUUCUGGAUGAAGUUCAGCUCCUCCAUGGGCCGGGUGCAGGAGUUCCAGAACAAGUACGAAGACCUCAGGAGGGUGGCGGCGGACGGCGCCGACGGCGAGAAGAAGCUCCGGGCGCUCAAGACGGAGCUGCAGGUGUGGUCGGAGCAGAACGCGAUGCUGCGGGGCGAGCUGCAGUGCAGGUUCGCGUCGCUGUGCGACAUCCAGGAGGAGAUCUCGACGGCCCUGGAGAUGGACACGGAGCAGGCGGAGGAGGCCGAGGAGGGCGCGCCGCGCUUCACCUCCUACAGCGCCGGCAAGUUCCAGGGGGAGGUGCUCAACAUGCAGCAGGAGAACAACCGGGUCUCCGACGAGCUGCAGAGCGGCCUCGACCACGUCAAGACGAUCCAGUUUGCCAUCGAGAAGAAGCUCAACGAGGUCGUCAAGCUCUCCUCCUCCUCCUUGCCGGCGGAGGAGGGGGAGGAGGAGGUGGUUGGGCCGGACGGGGUCCUGGCGCGGGUGCCGGCCAAGGCCAAGGUGCCACUGCAGAGCUUCCUGUUCCCGACCAAGCCCAAGAAGCCGUCGCUGUUCGCGCGCGUCACACCGGCCGUGCUCCACAAGCAGCAGUUAGACAUGAAGUUAGACAUGAAGUUAGACAUGAAGUUCCUCCCCAAGAUGUCAAAGUAG